AUGUGUCGUGAAAUUGUAACAAAAAUUAUUGGUCCACCUUCUAGCAUUCGCAGACCAGAUUUCUUGAAAACACAAGAAUAUCUUCGAGGACUAGAGCUUGAUAUUUACUAUCCACAGUAUGGAUUUGCCGUGGAGGUACAAGGUAAACAACAUGAGCAAUAUGUAAAACAUUUCCACAAAAAUGGAGAAGACUUUGAAAGGCAAUUAAUGCAUGAUCAGCUCAAAAGAGAACUCUGUAAUAAGAAUUGGAUUGUUCUUAUUGAGUUAUGGUAUUAUGAAGAGCCACAUAUAGUUAUUCCAGAGUAUCUUAAGGAGUUGGAACUUAUUGACUAG